CUGCCUCAAGGGUCUGUAUCAGAUCCGCUAGGGCUGCUCCAGGCUCCUCAGUUCCGCGCCACAACAUCAUUGGCGCGUCGCGUGCUCAACCUGCCCAAACCAGCAGGUUUUGAAGCCUGUCCAGCCUGCUUCUCCGCGUCAAACACUGCCGCCACAAUGGAGGGCCGAUACAUCAUACCCGUCGAGCCUGCCAAUGACGGUGGAGAGGUAGUCGUCGUCGAGGUGCAGCAGGAGGGAUCCCAUCCACUCGACGUCCGGCUCGUAGGCUGCGAAGGCGAGAGUCCUUAUGUGACCCAGAUCAAACAUCGCAAUAUUGCAAAAUUGAAGCACAAAUUCAAAGGCACCGACCAUGAGUGGGAGACUGUUUUGUUUCAUUUCCUCUUGCAAAAACAGCCUGAAGGGGACGGUGCUAGGAUCUUGGAAAACGUCCGGAUGGUAUACGCGCUGAAAGGCGACAAUAUCGAGAUCUCCGUUCGGCAGGAUGUCAAGGGGAUCAAGGUCACUCUGGGGGAGAUAUUGCUUCCGAGGGAUGAUGGGUUCGAGUUUAAUCCCUUCGAAUGGGCUCAGGUGUCGGCACAAGCUCAUUCCCAGACUCUCCGGAAGCUAGUAGACCUGAAAUCAAGAGUGAGCAGCGAGCAGGACACCAUUGCGAAGCUCAAUGCCCAACUUGACGACUUCAUCAAAACGAAGACCGAGACUGAGACAGCGAUGCUCCAGCAGUUCAUGGAGCUCCUGAACGAGAAGAAACGGAAGAUCAGAGACCAGAGCCGUCUCCUCGCCACCGCUAAGGUUGAUAAGUCCGCUGCAACCACCAUCAAAUCCACAAGGGAGGAAACCAAGCCUCGAAGGGCUGGAGCAUCGCGUGCAUCCAAGCGGAAAGCACCCGCGAAAGCUCCAGAACCUGAAGAACCAGAACAGCUGUCUGAUGCUGAUCAGAUGGAAAUCGACCAGGCCAAGGCAGAAGAGCAGGAUGACGAGGAGGAGCCUGAAGCAGUCACUCCAGACCGGUCCGACGAGGAGACCGAGGCUGAAGAAGAAGGUGCCGAGGGUGCAGUAGCCUCGUCGGCGCUGCAAACGCGAGACAGGUCAUCCGAGACAGCCCAGUCUCAGUCAACGGUCGCACAGCCGCCGAAAGAUGCACCUUCAGAAGCCGGAGGACCGCCACCGCAACGCGAGCUGCCAUUCGGGAGACCGGCUAUGCGCAGCAAGCCUCCAGAGAAAAAGCCGCCCCCAGCAACUGCGGAUGAGGAUGAGGAAACAGAGGAUGAAGAACUGUGAAAGAACAGCAAUAGUCGGGAGACGAUUCCCUGGAUGCGCCGUUGCUCGGCCUGUAUGCUUGCCCACGUUACGGAUCAUACUCCG